GCAUGCAGGAGUGAACAAACAGGGAGACUUUUUUUUUUUUCUUCUCUGAGGUAGCCAAGCUUGAGUAUGCAUCACUGGCAGUUGUAACGCUGCGGCGAUGCCCCAAAGCAAAGUUUAUCGGUGGAUAACUGCUGUACACCAAACAAUAUUCUUUUUUUUCUGCAUUCGGUAAAUAUGGCGGACAUUUUAGUCGGACUUAUCAUUUGUCUAAUGGCUGUGCAGACCAUCCAGGCUGAUGGGAAUAGAACUAGGACCCCAAACAGUACACAACCUGAAGUGUGUCCAAAAUCUUUCAAGGGCAAGCUCUAUCAACGCAAUCUCACAAAGCAGCAGUUAGCUGUCCGCCCGAGUGGAGACCCCUGGCUGGAUGUGGACCCGGACGACGCCGCAACAGCCUACGCCACAGGGCUCUUAAGCACCUGGAUCCUUCCUAUAGCUUACAUCUUGGCCAUGAUUGUGGGUAUCCCCUCCAAUGCCUACAUUCUGGCCUUCCUCAGACUAAGACUUCAAGCAAAGUCCUUGUCCACGGUCGUGCUUUACCUGAACCUGGCCUUGUCGGACCUGCUGCUCUUGCUUUCCCUGGCAUUGCGCAUUCACUACCAUUUUAGUGGAAACAACUGGGUAUUUGGGGAAAUCUCGUGCCGGCUGAUGACAGCUUUGUUUUACGGCAACGUCUACUGCUCAGCGCAAACGAUAGCCUGCAUCAGUCUGAAGCGCUACCUGGCUGUGGUCAAGCCCUUCUUGUAUAGACGACUGGCCAAGACUGUGCUUGCGGUCUGGGCUUGCUUGAUCGUGUGGUUCCUAUUUGGAGCGGCUAUCGUACCAGAGCUACUAGUGAGGCAAAGCUAUUGGCUUGCCGAGCUGGGAGUCACCACCUGCCACGACGUGCUUCCCCUGGAAGAAAAACCACAUUCACUGCUCGUGCCCUAUAGACUGAUGCUCGUUUUCUUGGGCUUCGUAAUCCCCUUUCUGAUUUCCAUCUAUGCGCAUGUGUCGGUGGUCCACCAUCUCGGACAAUCAGGGUGUAACUGGAGACCGUUUAUCAAGAUCAGCACUCUGGUUUUUAUCAUCUUUGUGGUGUGUUUCUUGCCCAGCGGGAUCCUACAUAUCGCACACUACGCCCGCUUGCUUUCCAGCGGGGAUGACAAACUGUAUGGAUAUUACAGAUGUGCCGUGUGUCUCUGCUGCUUCCACAGUUGUUUGGAUCCCUUCCUGUGUUUGCUCAUUUCUAAAUCGGCCGCAUCAGAGAUACAAUUCAUUUCCAUCCGCAGGAUCCCGGAGAGGCUGGCUGUUAAGAUAUGCGACUGAAACGGCUUCGCUUUACAGGACCAUUGUCGGGACACAGCGGGGAAUCACAAUCUCGGAAACAUCCCACGCUGAGAAAUAAACAGGGUGGUACACGACGACAGUUAAAGUCUCUUAGUAAAAAUAGAUACUGUAUGUACAGCACUUCGACUGGAAUGUUGAAAGAACUGUUGAUUUUGAGAGCUAACCAAAUGAGAGUUGUGUGGUUAGAUGGCAGAAAUGCUAAAUAUUUAUUUUGUAUUAAAAAAAUAAAAAUAAAAUAAAUCUUUUACACACA